AUGCCGUCCUAUCUUAUCACAGGUGCCUCUGGCAGUCUCGGUUUCGAGAUGGUCCGCCAAGCCUCGGCUGAGCCCGAGAACAUCGUCAUUGGCCUGGUGCGCAACAAGACCAAGAUGGCGGGCAGAAUUGCCAAGGAACUAUCCGACCGCACGAAUGUUCAUGUGGUAGAGUGUGAGCUUGCGGAUUAUGAGUCCCUCGCCGCAUCCGUGGAGCCCGUCUCGCAGAUCCUGAACGGCGGCCCACUCGACUAUCUGAUGGCCAACGCCGGCAUGGGGUCCAAGUGGUUCACGUUUAAGCCAUUUGAGCUGCAGGCCAAGGAGCCAGCACGCGUCACAGAGGAUUUCAACUCUCAAAUGGCCGUCAAUGUGAUUGCCAACAUCCACCUCUUUAAUCUCUACCUCCCUUUUCUCCGCAAGAGCGAGAUAAAGAAGGUCAUUACAAUCUCCUCGGCCCAUGCGGACGUGAUGCUUGCACAGAAGUACGACGUCAGCGAGGCGAUGGCAUACUCGGCCAGCAAGGCCGCGCUCAACAUGGUCGUUGCCAAGUACCACGCAAGCUACGGCAAGAGCGAGGGCGUGCUUUUUAUGGCGAUGUGCCCUGGAGUUCUCCUGAACGAUGCCGUGUUGGAAGAACCGGACGAGGACGCCAAAAAGUACGGACCGGCCAUGUUUGCCAAGUUUGCUACGUAUGCGCCUCAUUUCACGGGUCCCGCGCCCCCCGCUGGUCCUGCGAGCGACAUUUUCCGCAUUGCCGCGGCCGCCUCUGUUGAGGAUGGCUGGGGCGGCACUUUCACCUCGCACAAUGGCGGCACGCAGUGGAUCUGA